GUCAGACAAAACGGCAAUGAAGUUGCCCAAGUUUCAAAGCUUAAAGAAGAUGGUACGGAGGGUCAAGCGGCGGGACCUACCCCCUGAGCCGAAGGAGCUAGAAGAACUUGAAGAAAUACCCAGAAAAUUCAGAACUACACUCAAAGGUGACCGAUGGCUUCUACACUACGAUCCGGAGGAAGACCAGAGGGUCAUCAUUUUCACAACAAACCAGCACCUUAAACUUCUUGCGCGGGCCACCUACUGGGUUAUGGACGGCACAUUCAAGGUGGCGCCGCACGUGGUCUGCCAGGUGUACGCUAUCCACGGUGCUGUCAACGGCAAGUGGGUCCCACUCUUCAUCGUGCUGAUGGAGAGGAAGUCGAGGCGGACCUAUGAGGACGUCUUCGAGAUUCUGAAGACGGAGACUAGGAGGCGUCUCAGGCGGGAGCUGGCACCGGCUAAGAUCUCUACGGACUACGAGCAGUCUGCCAUCCAGGCUGUUCGGGCAGCAUUCCCAGAUGCAGAUGUAGCUGGGUGCCUGUUCCACUUCGGGCAGGCCCAGUGGCGCCAACUUCAGGGUGCGGGCCUCGCCGUCGCCUACCGUCUCGAGGCCAACGAGGAGAUGAGGGCGAACUUCCACUCCCUCAUCGCCUUGGCCUUCGUCCCGGUGGACGACGUCGAGGACGCAUUCGACGCCCUCUCAGAAGCCAGCGUGCUGAAUCUGCAGCCCAUCUUCGAUUACGUCGAAGAACACUAUAUCAGAGGCCGGCUCCGAGCACGUCGUGGAGGACGUGUCCGUCGGAGGACGGCUCCCCUCUUCCCCCCUCACAUAUGGAACUGCUACGAGCGGACUCUGGAGGGGCUCCCCAGAACGACCGACACCUGUGAGGCCUGGCACCGGCGGUUGUCGUCGCUCAUCGGGAAGCAUCACCCUUCCUUCUUCGUCUUCCUGAGCCAGCUCCAGGAGGAAGUGGGCGAGAUUGGCGUCCACAUCACCAGGGCCGAGGGCGGCCACUCCCCCAGCAAACGCCGCAGCCAGCUGGAGCAGACGGAAAGAAGAAUCCACCGUAUCGUGGAUCGGUACCAGGAGUACAAGGUGGACGACGACAUCGUCGCAUACCUGCGGGCCAUUGGCCACAACUUGGCAGGAUAUUUCUGAAUAAAACCCUUGAAAUC